CAGAGGUUUUGCAUUUCGACUUAGAUCACCGUCACUCCUAAUUGCCGUUGCUCUUCAUAUCUUCAUGUGUCCAUAAGAGCCAGACUAAAUUGACCCACGGAGACGUUUCAACCUUAACUUGCUCGUUCACAGUGUCUUGCGUUGGCCAGACAGAGAUGGCUGGUCAUCCUGAAAUCUUUAAGGUCUCAGUCCUUGGCAAAGAAAGUAUUCAGUGCGGGUUCCACCUUAGCCACUACAUCGUGGACACUGUCAUCCGGACAUUGCCAGCGUCGACUUACGUACUUCUGACCGACGUUCGCGUUGCAUCCUUCCACCUUAGUCACUAUGAAUCUGUCUUCAAAGCCGCUCUUGAAGGGCUUGGGUCUCCCGCUCGCUUCUUCAGCAAGGUUAUCCCUCCAGGAGAGACGUCUAAGUCGAGGGAAGGAAAGGCAGACAUUGAGGACUUCCUACUUGACCGAAGCUGCACUCGAGACACCGUUCUCAUCGUUAUGGGCGGGGGAGUGAUCGGGGACCUUGGGGGCUUCGUUGCUGCCACAUUCAUGCGUGGCAUUCGAUUCGUCCAAAUCCCCACGACUCUUCUGGCAAUGGUGGACUCCAGCGUGGGCGGGAAGACAGCCAUCGACACUCCUCACGGAAAAAACCUCAUUGGGGCCUUCUGGCAGCCCGAAUACAUUUUCAUUGAUGCGUCCUUCCUCGAGACCCUUCCUGCACGUGAAGUCGCCAAUGGAAUGGCUGAAGUCAUUAAGACAGCAGCUAUUUGGAACGAGGCGGAAUUCGAAAAACUGGAAACACGUUCAGUCGAAAUCCUGGCUGCAACUGAGCAGCGCUCCUCUCCGUCCGACUCUGUUCAUUCUAUUGGCCAACAGUUGCUUCUUUCUGUUAUUGUGGGCUCAAUUGCUGUCAAAGCCCACAUAGUCACCAUCGACGAACGCGAGACGGGCUUACGGAAUCUCGUUAACUUCGGUCACACGAUUGGACAUGCGUUGGAGGCGGUUCUUACCCCUACAAUUCUUCAUGGAGAAUGUGUUUCUGUCGGAAUGGUACUGGAAGCCGAGGUGGCACGCCAGCUGGGGAUUCUCAAUCAGGUUGCUGUUGGCCGACUCACUCGAUGCCUGAAGGCGUACAACCUUCCCGUCUCAGUCGCGGACCCCCGCAUUGCGUCCCUUCCUGCAGCCGACUUGCUUACAAACGAUCGCUUAUUGAAUAUCAUGAAAGUCGACAAGAAGAACGCUGGUACUGAGAAAAAAAUCGUCUUGCUGAAACGCAUUGGUGCCACAUACGAGCAGAAAGCCACUUCUGUGGACGAUGCCGUGAUUCGCCGCGCACUAUCUCAAGCAAUAAAUGUCAUACCCACCAUCCCUAGAGCUCCUGUUUGCAUGGCGCCUCCAGGCUCAAAAAGCAUAUCCAAUCGAGCUAUGGUGAUCGCUGCGCUAGGCAAGGGUACUGUACGCAUCACGAACCUGCUACAUUCGGAUGACACACAAGUCAUGAUGUCUGCACUUGUUGCAUUGAAGGGAGCUGAGUUCUCCUGGGAAGAUGGUGGAGAAACGCUGGUUGUGAAAGGUGGCGAAGGCUUGCUCACGGUCCCGCCUAAGGGCAAGGAAUUGUACCUUGGCAAUGCGGGGACUGCUUCACGCUUCCUCGCUACCGUCUGCACGCUCGUCAGAUCCGACAACCCUGGGGAAGCCACUGUGAUUACCGGGAAUGCCCGUAUGAAAGAGCGCCCGAUUGGUCCCCUGGUUGAUGCUCUACGUAGCAAUGGGUCCGAAGUCUCUUACCUGGGUAAGAACGGAUCCCUUCCUUUGUCCAUCACUGCCAGUCCGGCCGGUUUCCGAGGAUCACGUAUCCAGCUCACCGCCAGCGUCUCUUCACAAUACGUGUCAUCCAUUCUUCUCUGUGCCCCCUAUGCCGCAAACCCAGUCACACUUGAGCUAGUCGGCGGGCAGGUCAUCUCACAGCCUUACAUCGACAUGACAAUAUCCAUGAUGAAAACUUUCGGAGUUGAUGUAGUUCGGGGGAGGAUGAGAAUGGAAAACUCCUUAAUGUCUACCACAUUCCUAAAGCCACGUACAUCAAUCCGCCCCACUAUGAGAUUGAGAGUGAUGCCAGUAGUGCGACCUAUCCACUUGCCAUUGCUGCCAUCACAGGGACUUCUUGGUGACGCCGGGUUUGCAAAGGGUGUUCUCGAGCCGAUGGGGUGCACUGUUAUCCAAACUGAGACUGAGACGACCGUCAUUGGACCCCCUGUUGGGCAGCUCAAAGCUCUCGGCUUUGUAGACAUGGAGACAAUGACCGAUGCCUUCUUGACCGCGACUGUUCUGGCUGCCGUUGCUGCCUCGCCUUCAAAACCGGAGCGUCGUUUGGAAGAUGCACCGCAUCCUAAUACUACCCGAAUCCUUGGUAUCGCGAACCAACGCGUUAAGGAAUGCAAUCGUAUCCGCGCAAUGAUUGAUCAAUUAGCCAAGUUUGGGGUUGAGACGAAGGAACUGGAUGAUGGUCUCGAAAUUUAUGGAAAGUCUCUGGCAGCCUUGAGGAAUGGGGUCAGCGUCCACUGCUAUGAUGACCACCGGGUAGCCAUGGCAUUCAGUGUACUGGGAUCCGUAGUAGGGGGCAUCAUCUUGGAAGAGAAGCGAUGUGUUGAAAAAACUUGGCCAAACUGGUGGGAUGAUCUUGGGAAUAAGAUCGGCAUUCCCUGUGAAGGUAUCGAACUUGGCUCAUCUUCCAGCUUGGAAUCCCUGAACUCUGCGCCAGCCAAUCCAUCUGCCACCAUUUUCCUUAUUGGUAUGCGCGGUGCAGGGAAAAGCUUCAUAGGGCGUCUUGCAGCCCAGUCGUUGGGUCGGAAGUUCAUUGACGCUGACGAUUGGUUUGCCGAAAAAUACGCAGUCCCACUUGCUGACUUUGUGGCGAAGCAUGGCUGGCCCGAGUUCCGAAAGUGCGAACUAGCAUUGCUGGAGGAGGCUCUCGAGACGAUGAGACAAGGUUAUGUGAUCAGCCUUGGAGGCGGAGUAGUGGAAACUCCGGCAUGCCGCGACUUGCUUAAGGCUUACUGCCGUGAUCGCGGUCUCGUGGUUCACAUUACUCGCGACAUGGAAGAGAUUGCCGCCUACCUAGGUCAAGAGAAAGCCAGGCCUGCCUGGGGUGAGCCGUUUGAGGAGGUUAUGAAGCGCCGGCAGCCUUGGUUUAUUGACGUUGCAAACCACGAGUUCGUCAGUUUUACCAAGAUCGUCCGGCCCUCAGCUCCAUCUCAGGAAAGCACUAAAGUGCGUUACGAUGCUCGUCCGAGCAUCCAGAACGAUGUACGCCGCUUCUUCCGACAUAUCUCGGGGGUUCAGCCCAAUUAUGCUCCCAAUCUGGAAAUCCCCGGGAGGCGGUCGUACUUCCUAUCUGUCACCUACCCCGAUAUCAUUUCGGCAGCCCCUCCAAUGGAUAAUUUGACUGAAGGCGCGGAUGCCGUCGAACUCCGCGUUGAUCUUCUCCGCCCCAGUGGAUCUCCCAGCGAGAUCCCGAAUGUUCCUUCACGCACCUUCGUUGCAAAUCAGCUGGCAGCACUCCGCCAACUAACUUCUCUCCCCAUUGUAUUCACUGUUCGUACUGUGUCACAAGGAGGCGCAUUCCCAGAUACGGCACAGAAGGAGGCAUUUGAACUCUUCGAUCUCGCAGUCAAAUCAGAUGUAGAAUAUGUCGAUGUCGAGAUUACGUGGCAUAGGAGCGCAAUCCACCAUCUCAUUCGGAAUAAAGGAAGGUCGAAAAUCAUUGCGUCCUACCAUGACUGGAGCGGUAAUCUCGACUGGCGUGGCGAUAUCGUCAUGGAGAAAUACGAGACAGGAGCCGCGUUUGGUGAUAUUGUCAAGGUUGUAGGGAAAGCAAACUCCAUUGAGGAUAACUUUUCUUUAUCAUCCUUCCGAACACGCAUCGCAAAGCGCUCUGACUCCAGGCCUCUUAUUGCAAUCAACAUGGGUCCAGACGGUCAAUUAUCUCGAAUCCUGAACCCAACGUUCAGUCCCAUAUCCCACCCCCUCCUACCUACCCGCGCGGCUCCUGGACAACUUAGUUUCGUGGAAAUACAGAAUGCCUUACACUUGAUCGGCCAACUCCCGGCCCAGCAGUUCUACUUGAUAGGCAAUCCUAUUAGUCAUUCCAUGUCACCCACAUUGCACAAUACUGCCUACGCCGCUCUCGGCCUACCUCACAGGUACAGCUUAUUUGAGACCGCGGAGGUUGAUGGGAAGGUUGAGGCGCUCUUCGCUCAGCCUGAUUUUGGGGGCGCGUCUAUAACCAUUCCUCACAAGAUUACAGUCAUUCCUCUUCUCAAUGAGCUGACCUCCCAUGCAAAAGAGAUUGGUGCUGUGAAUACAGUUGUCCCACGAGUCGUCAACGGGAAGCGGGAACUUUACGGAGACAAUACCGAUUGGCUAGCAAUUCGAGAUCUUGUCGUGUCGAACCUCCCCAAACCGAUCUCUGUCUCGACUACGGCACUGGUCAUUGGGGCUGGUGGAACAUCUCGCGCUGCCAUCUAUGCUUUGAACAACUUGGAUAUCAAACAGAUUUACAUCUAUAACCGAACUCAGUCGGCUAUCCACGCUCUUUCUGAAUCGUUGCCUUCGAACUACAACCUUACUAUGAUUGAGGCUCUGGACGAGUUUCCCGCUGAAGCGCCAAUGGUCAUAGUUUCGACGGUGCCAGCCACCGCAACAUCGCUUACACCUGGCGUACCUGGGACUCUUUAUUUACCGAAGUCGAUUUUCUCGAAUCCAGAGGGGGGCGUCGUAAUUGAUAUGGCGUACAAACCCGCGGAUACUCCUCUACUGAAGUUGGCAGGCGUGGUCUCCUUGGAGUUAGCUGCGCACCCUCGGGAUCCACCGCCCCCCGGUGAGCCAGCACCCCCCGUCCCGCAGUGGACAACGGUUCCCGGAAUGGCCAUAUUACUAGAGCAGGGCUUCCACCAGUUCGAGAUUUGGACUGGAAGAAGAGUCCCAAGAAGAGUCGUCGAAAAAGAGGUUUGGGCCAAAUACAAUGCAUAAUUCAUAGAGCCCCCCCCCGCGCGGGCAUUCAAACCUGUGUAAUUACUACCCCCGAACAUAAUGUGAAUGGUUAUGAUCAAAUUGGAG